ACCUUCUUUUCCCUCACCUCUCUCUCUCUCUCUCUCUCUCUCUCUCUCUCCUCACCAAACUCCACAACUCUCAUCUCAUCUUCUCUUGUCCUCCGUUUCCAAACACUCUCAAAUCAAAAUCCUGCCUCUCUAAUCUAUGGCUACCGCAUUUGCUUGUUUCCGUCCAUCUCCCACCCUCUCCGCCACCGCCGCCAGCCACCGGAAAACCACCACCUCCUCCUCCUGCUGGUGGGCCCCGCUCUUCGGCUGGUCCUCGUCCGAUGUGGACUACAUUACCUCCAUCGACAAGAACAAAAACAACGCAUCGGUCGGAAAAACCUCGGACUUAGAAGCGGAACGGUCCAGAUCGCGGUUCGCGCCGGGAUGUUUCACGGAAGAGAAGGCCAGACAGCUCCGGAGGACGACCGCGGAGACGGCGACGUUCCACGACAUUAUGUACCAUUCCGCCAUCGCGACUCGCCUCGCCUCGGAUCUUUGAACCGCUGAUCAGACGCCGGAGGGGAGGUGCCGCUAGGCUUUGGCUUAAAUUCCGAUCUUUGGUUUGUUGGCUUGCAAUCUGAACCUGUCGACUUGAAAUCACUUUGAUUUGGAUGUGAUUUAAUUUAAUUAUUAGAAAUUUGUUUUGAGUCUGAAAUUAAUUAAUUUCUACUCCACUCCAGCUACCGCCGAUCUUUGAUAAA